GAUCAAAAUCUGUCUUGGUGAACCAAUGGUAGAUAUUUCUGUAACACUAGAGCCAUCAUACCCCACCAGUCAUAGAAUCAAUAAAAUCAACUUGGUUAUUUAUCGAUUCAGUAAGAGAGCUGUUUUUACCACGGUGCUGAGUUCGGUCUUUGAGUUCAGUGCAUCCUUAUCAGGAAUUAAGUUCGGGCUUGCACUUUCGAAUGUAGAACGCCUCAAAUGAUCGCAAGUUGACAAGAUCGUUUUCUCGUGCGAUUUAUUCUUGUUUUGCACUGCUUGAUUUAUAAAGAAAUGAUCUCUCAAAGUUUUAAGGUAAGCAAUAGACCACUCGUGACGACGUGAUUAUUUUCUAGAUUUUUCUUUUGUGCAAACUAUAGGUGUCCGUUUUGAGAAGACUUACCUUGUAACCGUGGGCAUCGACUUCGGGACAACGUAUAGUGGAUUUGCUUUCUCAUUCAACAAGGAACAAGGUGAUGACUCGAUUUUUAUGAACAGAGACUGGUUGAACGAACAAGGCCAUCGAACAAGCAAGACACCCACAUGCCUGCUACUUAAACCAGACCGGUCAUUCGACUCGUUUGGAUACAAAGCGGUGGAGAAGUAUGCAAAUCUGAGGAGCGUUUAUGAAGAGAAAGAGUUCUUGUUUUUCCAGCAUUUCAAGAUGUCAUUGCAUAACGAAGAGAACAUAGACUUGAGAGCCGUCCUUUAUGACGUCAAUGGAAAACGUGCUGAGGCCAAGACAGUGUUUGCACACUCCAUCAGGUUUCUAAUGGACGAGGCAGUUAAUUUCAUUCGCCUCGAAACGAGAGAUGAUGGAUUUAAAGCGGAUGAUAUCCAGUGGGUUUUAACUGUUCCCGCCAUAUGGACUCCAGGAGCAAAGCAAUUCAUGAGAGAAGCAGCUUACGAAGUAAAGUAGCAGCACUAUUUGUACAAGUCAUGUGUUGUUCAAUUGAGGCGCAAAUGUGUUCCACUGAACUUGAAAUGAAUAGGGGGAGUAAACUCACUGACCUGUGCCGGGAGCUGGUUUCUGUAGCAUGAAAUGAAUGAAGUAUUGGUAUAUGGGCUCGCCUUGGACAGAACAGAAUGCCAGUCCAUCCUGAGUUCCAAGGCAUUUUGUCAGAUUGCCAUUAGACCUUCUGAGUGGCCUUAUGAGAGUAUAAGAAGUUUUGCCCAAGAACACAGUUCACAGUGACCUAUAAAGGGCACGGUCCGGGCCGCUCGGCUCAGACCCCUUUGUUUUCUUCAUUACUUUUGGCCUCCAAUAUCAUCUUUACUAUCGUCAUUAAACUUAUGGCGAACAAUACGCAUAACCUAUCUGCCUUUUCUUUCCGUUUUACGUAGUGUCUAUGUUCUGUCUAUGUUAAAUGAAAAACAUAGAGUUCGUGGGUUAAUAGAUUAGUUGGUGAUGAGCCCGAACGUGGAAACAAUUAAUUUGAAAUUGAUUUGCUUUGAUCAGUUAAACCUGUCUUGAAGUUUUUGAAGUCCUUACAGGAUGAGAAUUGGGAGUGGCAAUUUUACCGUGGAUUCUCGAGAGUAACAACCCUCUUUUUUUUGCAAACUUGCUAA